UGAAGCAGCACAAGGCGCUCAAAUGCCUUCAUAACCACAGAGGUCAGGGCGACGGGUCUGUAAUCAUUGAGUCUAGUGAUCUUAGUUUUUUUGGGGACAGGCUGGUACGUGGUCUGUCUCCAGUAAGGUGUUAAAAAUGUCUGUGAACACCGGAGACAGCUGAUCAGCACAGUGCUUCAGGAUUGAUGGAGAGACAGAGUCUGGCCCGGCUGCUUUGCAGGGUUUCUGUCUCUUGAAUAGACUGUUGACGUCCCUCUCCAGGAUGGAGAGAGUCGUCACUGUGGAGGGGGAGGAGGGAGGGGGCUCUGAGGUGGGCAGUUGUGAGAAGGCGCAGGCCUUUGCUGUGGUGGGGUAGGUGCAGUUGAUGGGCUGGGGCUGGAGGGUGGUGUCACGGGGGAUGGUGUCAGGACUGUCCCAUUGUCCAUCAAAGCGACAGUAAAACUCAUUCAAGUUGUUGGCCAGGCGUGAGUCGUUAGUCGAGUGGGGGGCUCUAGGCUUACAAUUGGUAAUCAGCCCUUUCCAGACAGAGGCAGAGUCGUUGGCUGAGAACUGGUGUUGAAGAUUCUCAGAAUACAAUUCUCAGACACAAAUGUUGUGUUUUAUACCUACCUCAAUAUGUGCCUUGUGUAAUGUUUGUGUAUUUUUUUGACUUGUGUUAACUACUGCUACAACACUGCAUUUUCCCCUUGGGAAUCAAUAAAGUACUCCAUCAAGUCUUGCUACAUGUAUUUUGAUGUAUUGGAUGUCAAAUUAAAGCCUUAUCCAGAUCUUCUAAUCAAGAAGUGUAACAAGUCUGAGAGGACAGGAUUUCAAAGGAUAGGGCUUACACUCUUAAAGGUAAGUGUGUAAUUAAACUAAAUUAUUAGAGGUGAAAAAGGUCCUACCUGUGCAAGAAGCACAUGAAUAAACAUGGCCUCCGGGUCUAGAAAAUAAUCUUUGAUCUCUCCCCUCAAACUGACGUCACAUUGAGGCUGGUCAGCCAAUCUCUACACCACCUCCUGACUUUAUCAGUUCUGGCCCCCAACCCAGGGGUCAAAGGUCAACACACUCAAGUGUGGGGGGGGUACCUGAAUGAUCUGGUAUGAAUAAAGUCCUGAGGGGGGAAUGCACAGAGGUGUGAGACUUGUGAAAGGUGAAGUACUGCUGGUUGGCUCCAGAGUCCCAUCUUCACCCAAUCUCAGCAGCAGUCAAAGCCCACAACAAGACCACCAUUUCUGGGGUGUUUUCCGGCAACAAAACUCCCCUGGGUGCCUCUUGCCAUGGAUCUUCUUCACAGCUGGGGGGUGAGCCUUGCAGUUCACCUCCAAACGACGUACAAGCCGUACGAGAGCUGGUUCCAACUGGCCUCCUCAGUGGCUGACCUGCACACGGCAUUCUUCGUCUUCUUCCCUGUCUGGUUCCACCUGAACAAGAGGGUGGGCAUCAAGCUCAUCUGGGUUGCUGUCAUUGGGGACUGGCUCAACCUUGUCCUCAAGUGGGUUCUCUUUGGUGAAAGGCCCUACUGGUGGGUCCAUGACACCAAAUUCUAUGGUGCAGAAGAGAGGCCAUCUCUAGAGCAGUUCCCCAUCACGUGCGAAACAGGACCAGGAAGUCCUUCGGGUCAUGCCAUGGGGUCUGCAGGGGUGUGGUACGUGAUGAUUACAGCGGUUCUGUCAAUGGCUGCACAGAGGAAAACCCCCCCUCUGCUCUACAGUCUUUUGCAGGCUGCACUGCUGGUGCUCUUCAUUGUGGUGAAGCUGCUUGUGUGCGUGUCCAGGGUGUACGUGGCAGCACACUUCCCUCACCAGGUCGUCAGUGGAGUCAUAUCAGGUCUCAUUGUUGCUGAGGUCUUCUCCAGGGUGCAGUGGAUCUACAGCGCCAGCCUGAAGAAGUACUUUGGCAUCACACUCUUCCUCACCUCCUUCGCCGUGGGCUUCUACCUGCUGCUGAGGGCCCUGGGUGUGGACCUGCUGUGGACCCUGGAGAAGGCCCAGCGCCGGUGUGUCAACCCCGCCUGGGUGCACAUGGACAGCACGCCCUUCGCCGGCCUCCUGCGCAACAUGGGCACAUUUUUGGGCUUGGGUCUGGGCCUGCACUCGCCCCUCUACACCGAGACCAAGAAGAACAGUGGCACCACCUACAGGGCCGGAUGUAUCGCAACAUCUCUAGUCUUAUGUUGGCUCCUGGACAAUUUCACCUUCUCGUCAAAGAAUCAAGAGCUCUACUACCUGCUGUCAUUUUGCAAGAGUGCUGCUGUCAUUUUAAUCCCCACUGCUUUAGUGCCGGCUGGCCUGACAAGGCUUCUAAAAACAGCAAGGGAGACAAAAAGACACUUUAAUUAAGAUAAGGUCUGGAUUGUAAUCUCAGAAAAAAUAGUGGGAAAUAAUUCCUGUUGAGUGGCCCGUGAAGAGUUAUGUACGAAACAGCAAAUAUAAUGUCAGAUCAUCUUGACAGAGUGUCCAGUUGGUGUCCAGAUUCAAAUAAGACAGUUAAAAGGGGCAUUGUCUAUCAUGUAAUAUAUCCUGUGUGUACAAUGUGAUGUCUGUUGUCAUAGCAUGGCUCACAUGCAGUUGAAAGAGAGUACAGGGGGAGGAUGUGCCCUUGGACUAACAGCUCGGGCCUGUAAAUAUUCCCACGUGGCUGUGUGUGCUGUUUUUAUGUCAGUGUGUAUAUGAUGAACGUCAGUGCGUAGUGGAUCUAUGUUAUGCAUGUACGAUAUGCAUAAUGGUCAUAUGAGGUGUGUGGAAUUCACGGUGAGAGUGUGUGUGUGUGUUUGUGGUGUGUGUGAAUGAAUCCUUCCAUUGUAUGUGAUGUGGGUAAUAUUCUGUCUGUGUGUGUGCGUGCAUUACUUUCUGGUGUGUUUAUAUGAAACAUAUAUUGCUAAUAAAAAAACUCUUCCAUUGA